CGAACGACAACUCUUAAAAGGCAUGUGACGCUUGACCUACAAUAAAGUUCGAAGCACAACAGUUGAAAAACAACAGCAGUGAAAGAUGGCAGAAACCCCGAAACGCCGCGUGGUACUGGCUAUGGAUGGAAGCGAGUAUGCAGACUAUGCUUUCAACUGGUAUGUUGAAAAUUUCAAGAUGGAUGGGGAUUACUUGACAGUCGUGCAUAGUUUUGAGGCCAAAAGCAUCUCUCAUGCAGCUCUGGGAUCUGACGUAAAGGCGCUAGGGAACGUUUUGGAGGAGGAAGCGAAAGAAAAUAAAGUUAUCCUAGACUUGUUGAGGACCAAAUUGGCCUCUGCUGGUGUUGCAGGAGAGGUGAAACCUCUCGUGGGAAAACCCGGUGAAACAGUUGUCCACGAGGCGCAUGAACAAAACGCUGACGUCAUACUAUGUGGGUCACGGGGCCACGGGAAACUACGCAGGACAUUCAUGGGUAGCGUCAGUGACUACAUCGUGCAUCAUUCCCACGUGCCUGUCGUUGUAUGUCGUCAUAAGAACCAUCACCAUGGUCACGGACACCAUCAUUGAAUGACGUCAUUUCGAGACAAACCGUUGUUUUUCAUGAAUAGGCUAUAUACAAAUAUCCGGUUGUGUUAUUUUCAUUGCAUGACGUGAACACUUUGUGUUUCUGAAUUCUCUGUAAACGUUUUUCUCAGUGGAUUUUUUUUACUAACAACGAUUGUGUUUGAAUAUGCUGUUUACACUAUAUCUGAUGAAGCAAUAAAUGCCAUUUAAAAUUGA